AUAUACUUCUUUUGCAAUAUUUAAUAUUGGGUAAUAACUUAAGAUAUUUGAAGGCGAAGACAAUGGUUGGUAAUAAUGUUAGGCCAAUACAAGAAGAUGAAUUUCGCUAUGUUGUAUGUAUAUUAAAGGAUAAUCCUAGAGCUAGUUGGGAGGAUAAUAUAUUGUGUUCCGGAACGCUGAUAUCGUCACAUCAUAUUUUGACAGUUGAGCACUGUUUCGCCACUGUAGAUGUACAGACAAAAGUUGUAGUGACUAUCGGCGGGCAGAAUUUCGAUAAUGGCCUUAGGCAUUACCCCACAUGGUGGGUAUCUUUUCAUCAGUGGACAGUUGGUCAAGGACAAGAGUUUCUUAGUGGCAUACACGAUAUUCUUAUAGUCAGAAUAUUCGGAAAACCACGCAACAACGAACCAUGCCUUAUGGGGUAUGUGUAUCCAGUUACCAUUAUAAAUGGAGAGGAUCUUACCGUGGUUGGGUGCACUAAAAUUAACGAUGGGGAUACUCAUACGUUACUUGCAACCGCGACAGUUCAUAUUUUAGAUCGUGCAUAUUGCCAACAAAAGGUUUCUAAUGAUUAUGGAUAUCCCAUUAUUGUCGAUGAACAAUAUAUAUGCUCAUUUAAUGAUCCAUAUACAUUAAUUGAAUACGGGGACAGUGGCGGUCCGCUAUUACGUCAUGGUGUCCUUGUAGGAAUUAAUAUAGCAAGAUGUCCAACAAUGGAUACUGCAAUACAUCCUGCACAAGUAAAUAUCCACCUUAGUCUUCACUUAUAUCAAAAUUAUUUAUGCACUGUUAGCACAGAAUAGUGUAUUUUAUAUGUAUAAUC